GAUGAUGCUACUAUUGCAGACAGUCGUUGGCCAAGCUUACUGCAAUUUAAUCGCGAUAUUGGACCGGCACUCAGCACGCUCGCAGCCAGCAUCAAAACAUGGCCACGAAAAACAUGAUCGAGCGCGAUGAGCAGUUACUGAAGGACAUCUUCGAUCUUUACGACACAACAGGGUCCGAGAAAAUUGAUGUGGGCUACCUAGGACAAGUUUUGAGGGCCGCUGGGCUGAACCCGACGCAGUCAGAAGUGCGCAAAGUCGAGAGAGACUUUGGUAAAUCCGCUAUGGCUUUCGAUGAGUUUCUACCCAUCUACCACUCUGUGACCCAGCACUGCCUCACUACUGAGAAAAAAGUGAGUUCCGAAAGUGUGAUCGACUGCUUCAAGCACUUUGACCGAAGUGAUAGUGGCUAUAUAUCCUCCAGUAUGCUCCGACACGUUCUUACUUCACUCGGAGAGAGGCUUUCCGACGAGGAAUUCGACGCUUUGUCAAGUGGCUAUGUUAACGCUCGGGGCGAGAUAGACUACGAGAACAUGGUCAAGGAAGUAUUAACACCAGAGUCCUAGACUAUUUAUAAGACUGAGAAACAUUUUGAUAAUCCAGAGAGACAGCAAUACAGUAAAAAAUAAUAUUUAGAAUGGCUAGAUAGACGGAAAUCUCAUGCUUUUGAUAUGUCAAGGGGGUUUCUUUUUAUUUGGAUGGUAUCAGUUUCUGUCACAUGUCUGAGGUAUUCGCUUUGUGUUGUGUGUUAUCGGUUCGCAAUCUAGAAGCAAUAGCGCAAGAUGGAUUGCUAUGCUUGUGAUGUAAAUCGCCGCACCUUCGACACGAAUAACACUCACGCAAUAAUACGUCAGCCAUGAAUUUUGUGGAUCGUUUUUCAUGCGAUUCAACGACAUAAACAGCCUUACACCCUUGUACUGCCAUUGUUGUCAUAGCAGGAAAAACGCUUGCAUGCUGAUACUGCGGCUGUCUGCUUGUAUUUUCAUUUUACCUAAUAACCAGCCUCCAGGCGAUAGAAAUUAUGAGAAGAUGUUUUCUACCUUUCGACCCAAAGUGACCUCUCUUCAACUAAGAACCAAGGUUAUCGACAGACGAAUCGCGCGUCUGGCUCGAUUAUUUCAUUCCAUGUUGACUCAUCAUUUUUUAGCAAUCUUCAUGCCGAUAUAUUUGUGUAUGUACUCAUCAAACGUUAUUGCAUGACUUUGUAAAAGCGAUAUAGACUUGUGGGCGUGGCUAGUCAUAGCCUUUUAACGCGCUCAUUAACCGUGCACUAGCCAAUAGGAUUAACGCAUCGCUAAUCAUUCAUCGAGUACCUUGAUCUUUCUUAGGGUCUUUUUCUAUGGCUUUAAUCCUUAAGAGCAAGAAUUUUUAUUGAUGUACCUUUUAGAGAGCCAGAUGUUUGCAAAAUGAAAAUAGAUUCAUAGUUAUUUCAGCAAUUUAAUUAGCCUAAAUAUUGAUUUUAAUCCUUUACAGUAAUCACUCUGAUUGUUCUGCUUAUUAAAAAAAUGCAAAUUGCAA